UUUGUGAAAAAUCUCCAACAUAUUACUCCUUAUAUUUUUUUGGAUUCCAAUUUUAGCCUUCCGCAACGCAUUCAUACACAACCUCCGUUUCACUUAUUCUUCAAAGGAAUCAAAGCUACCUGAAGCUCCUUAUGCGCGGAUCUGUAAAAGGUGAAUGAAGCUAUGAGCCUAUGACUGUCCCUCCUUUUGCUUCUUCUUCGACUACCUGGCUCCAUCCCGAUAGAAUUACCCUUACUACAAAGGAAAAGAUCAAAACGCUACAAUUGAAGACGGCCCCUUAGCCCUGUGCAGACGGCCCAUCUACCCAAGUGAAGCACUCAGACGCACAGCAUCGACUAAGCGAGCGACGGAGUGAGUCUGUAGCGAAGUAGCGAACAACGACGGUGACCGCGGACGACCGCUCCUUGUCCCCUUCGGCCCUUAUUCAGUUUUUCUGAUUUCCGGGUUAAUCUACGGUGCGACGGUGCAGCCGGUGCUCCCAUCUCCAGACUCCAGUUGACAUUGUUUUCUGGAAAAAAUCUCCUCACGGGUUAUAGAAUCAGUGCUCCAUAUAGGCAUAUACUUCGAGUAGCUCCAUCUCAACGAUUGCUUCAUCACUGAAAUGGCAGCUGUCUACAGCUUCUAUAUCAUCAACAAAUCAGGAGGCCUUAUUUUUUACAAGGAUUAUGGUUCAGCUGGAAGGAUGGAUACCAAUGAUAGUUUGAGGCUGGCAAGUUUGUGGCAUUCAAUGCAUGCUAUCUCUCAGCAACUCUCUCCUAUUAAUGGUUGCUCUGGCAUUGAACUCCUUCAAGCCGACACCUUUGAUCUUCACUGCUUCCAAUCUCUCACUGGGACAAAAUUUUUUGUUGUAUGUGAGCCUGGAACGCUGCAUAUGGAACCCCUCUUGAAAUGUAUAUACGAAUUGUACACAGAUUAUGUGUUGAAGAACCCUUUCUAUGAAAUGGAGAUGCCAAUUCGGUGUGAGCUCUUCGAUAUGAACUUGGCACUUGCCGUGCAGAAGGACCGUGUCGCAUUAUUAGGAAGAUAGCUGGACAACUCUUCCCCAAAAGAACACAACUAUCGCGUUUCAAAAAUUAGGGUACAUCGUGCACGCCUGCAUGUUUUUUUAAGAUACUAAUAAUUUCUAGUCUUCUUACCUGUCCUGUAUUCCCAAUUUCAUUUGCUACUUGGCAAUUGGCAUUGCAAGUUAAUUGUAUGAUUUGGGCGUGUUUACAACGAGUUUAGCUGUCCACCAUGCAAUGUGGGGGUCCGUGAGAAGGGCUUAUGGUGAAUAUAAACGAAGUAAUAUUAUUUUAUCUAUUUUUACUCUCAAUUCUUGUAGCUUUUUACCUUCCUUCAAAUCAUUAUAACAAAUAAUAUCAUUUCUUUAAAAGGAUACAGUAAUAGCUUUUGUUGAGAUUUUUAAAUGACUGUCAUAUUGAUAUCAUUUUUCUGUCC